AUGGCUAAGAGGCGUACGAAAAAGCGUACUCAUGCCAACGCAGCUCCACAAAAUGGAAACUCUAGCGCCAAAAUUGGCCUUGCUUCACAAGUCCGGACACCAAAGAGCAUGGUGAUUCGGAUGGGUGCUGGUGAGGUUGGGCCGAGCGUGAGUCAACUUGUUAAGGAUGUCCGAUCAAUGAUGGAGCCAGAUACAGCUUCUCGAUUAAGGGAACGGAGAGGAAACAAAUUAAAGGACUAUACUGUAAUGACCGGCCCGUUAGGGAUCACACACUUAUUCCUAUUUUCCAAGUCAUCCACUGGAAAUACAAACCUUCGAAUUGCCCUGACGCCACGAGGCCCUACACUCCAUUUUCGAGUUGAGAAAUACUCCCUAUGUAAAGACAUCGCCAAAUCACAGAAGCACCCCACAAUGUCUAGCAAGAGCCACAGGAACCCCCCGCUGCUAGUAAUGAACAAUUUCACAACCUCGAAACCAGAGGAAGAGUCUACUUCUAAGAAAAUACCCAAGCAUUUGGAAUCUCUUACGACAACAGUCUUCCAGUCCCUGUUCCCGCCCAUAUCCCCUCAGACUACGCCUUUAUCUUCUAUUCGCCGCAUUAUGCUUCUUAAUAGAGAACUCUCGACUUCUUCAAAUGAUAUAGACGAGGACUCCUACAUAUUAAACCUCCGGCAUUAUGCAAUCACCACCAAGCGAGUCGACGUAUCAAAAAGAAUACGGCGGCUAGACCCACGGGAACAGCGCCGAAAAGACAAGAAGGAUAGGAACGUCCCGAAUCUAGGGAAGCUCAAUGAUGUCGCAGAUUAUUUGCUUGAUCCUUCAGCUGCAGGCUAUACAUCUGCGAGUGAAACUGAAGUCGACACAGACGCUGAAGUUGAAAUCAUGGAGAACAAAACGAGAAAGGUACUGAACAAAAAAGAGCUGCAGCGCGUGAAGGCAGGCGAAAGGAAGUCGAACCACAAAUCCUCCAGCAAUGUCGAGAAAAGAGCCGUGAAAUUAGUUGAAAUCGGCCCGCGCAUGCGGUUAAGGCUGAUGAAGGUAGAAGAAGGACUAUGUGGAGGGCGAGUUAUGUGGCAUGCUUUGGUGGACAAAACACAAGCGGAGGCCGAUGAGUUGGAAAAGACGUGGGAGCAACGGCGCCAGGAAAAAGAGCUUCGUAAAAAGACACAAAAAGAAAAUGUCGAAAAGAAGAAAAAGACGAAAGCCAAAGAAGGAGAGACAGAGAAAGACGAGGAUAGAAUGGAUGUUGACGAUGAUAGUGAGAUGUGGGAUAGUGACGAUUUUAGCGAGGACGAGGGCGAUGAUGUCAACUGA